CUACUAUGAACUUCAAUGCUCUAGUCACCUUUUACAAACAGUGCACUUGUGCAAUUUUUCAACUUUCAAACAUUCAUGUCAAAGUUUCACAAUUUUUAUAUCAUUUUUAGAGAGAUACAAUGACUUAGCAAAUAGUCAAAUAAAACAUAAAAUUUAAUAGUGUUAUCUUUAUUAUGAACAAAUUUUGGAAGUGAAAAAAAAGAGUGAUUUAAGGUGAUGAACUGACGUGUAAUGUGCUAGUAGUUAAGAGGGCUGGUGGUCAGAAAUUCGUAAAGGAAUGCAGCGGGUUCCUACAGCCCACAAACAAAACUACUAUCUACAACUUUGGCGUCAGUUUUUCUCUGAUUCAUUACUCCAUCACCAGCCAACGAAACGACAACCUACUAAUACUAAUUUUAUUCCGACAAUGAACGUUUCAACAGUAGUUCCAAUUACAAGUAGUCCAAUCAGAGGAUCUAUUAGUGAUCAAGAGGAUGCACGCUCCUAUAAAGCACGUGCAAAAGAUAUUUUGGGUCUAUCGGAAGUUUCGAAGAUUGAUAUUCUUGUACCUUUAUUCAGUGAAGCUCUUGGUACUUGCCUCCUAGUUUUCAUUGGAUGUGCAUCAUGCAUACUAUGGGAUCCUGAAAAACCACCCUCCAUUCUACAAAUUGCAUUUACUUUUGGUCUUGCAGUAGCUGCACUUGCUCAAGUGCUAGGACCUGUAUCAGGAUGUCACGUCAAUCCUGCAGUCACUGUGGGAAUGGUCAUCAGUGGCAAUUGUAGCGUACUUAAAGCAACCUGUUUUAUUGUAUGUCAAUGUUCUGGAGCGAUCGGUGGUGCAGCUUUAUUACGGGCAGUAAGCCCACAGAUAACUUCACAAAGUGGAAUAGGACAAACUCAACUGGGUGAUGGAAUUGAGAUUGGUCAAGGAAUUCUAAUGGAAGCAAUAAUAACUUUUCUUCUAGUAUUGGUAGUUCAUGCUGUGACAGAUACUAGAAGAAAAGACGUUAUUGGAUGGGCACCUCUUGCCAUUGGAUUAACGAUUACUGGAGCACAUCUAGCUGCAGUUCCAGUUACAGGUAGCAGUAUGAAUCCUGCAAGAACGUUUGGUCCAGCUGUAAUUCUUGGAUACUGGACUAAUCAAUGGAUAUAUUGGGCUGGCCCAAUUGCUGGUGGACUUGUAGCUGGUGGACUAUAUAGGAUGGGUUUGAGAGCAAAAAAUAAAGAUGAUGAUGAAGCAUCCUAUGAUUUUUGAAUAAUCAAAGCAACUAUGACAUUGUUUGACGUUAAGUUUCAUUCAGAUGAAAAAGCCAUCAUUCCAAAUUUCCUCACAGAAAAAAAUAUGAAAAAAGAUCAUUUGUAAAAAUCUUACAAACAAAGUGGUAUAUUAGUUUUAAUUUUUAGAUAUUCUACAUUUUUAUUUUUUUCAUUCAUAUUUUCCAUGUGAGAAAUUUUAUUCAGAGUUUGUUAUGUUUUGGAGUAAAGAAAGGAU